UUCGCUCUGAGUGGUUGACAAUUGGAGUGUUCUGAUUGGAUGACGUGGGCCCUCCCAAUGCUCUUUAAAGCUUCCACUCACCUCCAGGGCUAAAAAACGAAGCUCAUCCUUGUUCUGUGAACACAUCUAGUGUCCUGCUGGUUACCGGCUUUCAUUAGCUGCUUCCUGGUGUCAGUUCCAGCUCCAACCAAAUCUCUCUGGUGCUUCUUCCAGCCAUUUUCCCAAAGACCAAAUCCUUUGCUGUGAACAUGGACCGUCUGGAGCUGAAGAAAGUGAGCACAGAGGCGGACGACGAAAGCAGCGUGGACGAUCGCUUCACGCCCAUCGAUUCAGAGAAGGCCAGCCAGUUUCUGGAUGAGGACGACGGAGAGAGUCAGAAGUUUCUCACCAAUGGCAUCAUGAAGAAGAAGAAAUAUGAUGAAGAAGAAUAUCACCCGGGUCACACGUCGUUCGGGAUGUCCGUCUUUAACCUCAGUAACGCCAUCAUGGGAAGUGGAAUUCUGGGACUGUCCUUCGCCAUGGCCAACACCGGCAUCAUACUGUUUGUCAUUCUCCUGCUUGGAGUCGCUAUCCUGUCGCUUUACUCCGUUCAUCUGUUACUAGUGACGGCCAAAGAAGGAGGCUCGCUGAUCUACGAGAAGCUCGGAGAGAAAGCGUUCGGAUGGCCGGGAAAAAUGGCAGCUUUUGGAUCGAUAACUCUGCAGAAUAUCGGAGCCAUGUCCAGCUACCUGUUUAUAGUCAAAUACGAGCUUCCAGAGGUGAUUAAAGCUUUUCUCGGGCUGCAGGAGAACUCUGGUGAAUGGUACCUGGACGGGAAUUAUUUGGUGGUGUUUGUGUCCGUGGGCAUCAUUCUCCCGCUGUCUCUGCUGAAGAACCUGGGGUAUCUGGGCUACACCAGCGGCUUCUCGCUCUCGUGCAUGGUGUUCUUCCUGGGAGUGCUGAUCUAUAAGAAGACGAUCCUGCCGUGUCCUCUGCCGUUCUUCUACCAGCACGAGUCAAACAUGAGCGUGAACGGCUCGGACGCUCUGGGUCUGUACUCGCUGCACAACGCCUCGGCGCUGGCCUCUUUAUCAGCAGCGAACGCUCCUCACCUGGAUCCUCACGCACCGCUCCACAGCGCAGUCCAGGUCACGCCUCACCCCGAGGACACCGAGGACAUGUGCACGCCCAAAUACUUUGUGUUCAACUCACAGACCGUGUACACCGUUCCCAUCCUCGCCUUUGCUUUCGUGUGUCACCCUGAAGUUCUGCCCAUCUACAGCGAACUCAAAGAUCGCUCUCGGAGGAAGAUGCAGACCGUCUCAAACCUGUCCAUCCUGGCGAUGCUGGUCAUGUACCUGUUCUCCGCUCUCUUCGGCUAUCUGACCUUUUACGAUCAUGUGGAGGCAGAGCUGCUUCACACCUUCACCAAGGUCUAUAAGUUUGACACGAUGCUUCUUCUGGUGCGUCUGGCCGUGCUGACCGCUGUGACACUGACCGUUCCCAUUGUGCUGUUCCCUAUCCGUUCGUCCGUCAUCACGCUGUGUUUCGCUGGAAAAGAGUUCAGCUGGAUCCGACACUUCCUCAUCGCCGCCGCGAUACUGGCCUUCAACAACCUCCUGGUGAUCUUCGUCCCCACCAUCAGAGACAUCUUCGGCUUCAUCGGUUCGUCUGCUGCCACCAUGCUCAUCUUCAUCCUCCCCGCCGCCUUUUACCUGCGGCUCGUCAAGAGCUUACCGUUCAGAUCGCCGCAGAAAAUAUCCGCGGCUGUUUUCCUGGUGGUGGGCGUCUUCUUCAUGAUCGGCAGCUUGUCUCUGAUCGUCUUGGACUGGAUCCACAAUCCUCCCGGCUCUAGAGGAGCUCAUUAAACCUCCGCAUGGACCUCUCUCUCCUCUCUCAUCUGUUUCCCAGCUCUCCGUUAAAGAGAGACCGAGCUGGGCAGAAGGGUUCAUCACAGAAGCACUUCAUGUUUGGUCUCAUCAGCUGGACAUAGAUAGAUAGAUAGAUAGAUAUAGCUGUUAUCAGUUCACUCAAAGAUGAUAUUUCAGAACUAAAUGAUGCUGACUCUGUGUUUAUUAUUAUCACUUGAAUCAGAUUUCCUCUUCGAGAGGGGAAAAAGGUCCAAUUUUUGUACCCAAAAUCUAGUGUUGGUCCACGCAAGCUUAGCUUUUUCCUCUCCACCUGAUUCGGUUCUCUUCGUUAAGAGGAUUUUGUGCAUUCAUCUUUCUAAAGAAGUUCAGAUAAUAAUUUAGCCACACCACACAGACACGAACAUCCGUUUGUGACUCAUUAAUCACACGCACAAGCCCAGACCCGACCGUUCGCUCUCUAACCCGGCUCCGCUUCACAGUCCCAUCACAUCAGGUUUACUGUGGAGACCACGAGAGGGUCACGCCUGUCGCCCUCGUCGUGUUUCUGCUUGCGCCGGUCCUGCCAAAGUGGACGAUAUUUAAAGAUCCUUUGGUGAUCUAUUUACUCAUGAAGCAAGUGAAUAUUUCAAAUGAAAUGGUUAUGAUAUUUUUGCAUGUUUUGAAUCACAAACAUGGUCUUUUUGGACGUUGUAUAUGGUUUGUAAAUAGUCUAAUUCGUUUCGUUUGGGUCACGGAUGGACGCCGGGAGGGGUAGAGUUUUAGUAUUGUAUUUUAGAUCUCGGUGCCAUCGUGACGUUAUUUUCUUUUGUAAAUUUGUAGAAAAGCCAUUGUAUUUGUAUUGUGCCUCCUUGACGGUUUCACGAGGAACUGACACAUGGAGUUACACGUGUUUUUGCUCUUCUUUUUUUGUUUGUUACUUGAUUAGUUAGCAGCUGAAACGAUACGGAGACUCGCAGACGAAUGUUUGGUCAUAUUUCACAUCUAGAAUGAUUGAAAACCAUCUGAUUUAGAGCAGUAUUUGUCUUCCGCUGUUUACCGGUGUAAAAACAUAUCGGACGUGUUUGUAAUGCAAUUUAUAUAUGCAUUUUAAAGUGGACGUGAAAUCAAAACUGACCCUAUUUGCUUUCUUAUUAACAUUUAAAGAUCUGUUAAUGCAUUAACUAGCAAAAAAAAAAAAAUCUUUUUUUUUUCUGGCCAAAAUAUUGAAUUUUUUUUUAUUUAUUUUUUUUACCUUCAUAUAUCAAACUAUAUUUCAAAAUGUAUAUUAGGGGCAAGAAAAUACAUUUCUAAUUCAUUAAUGUUUAUUUUUUAUUUUAUAAGUUCACCUGUGAUAUAUAAAGACAAAGUUUUUCCUUAAAUGUGAAAUGUGAACAUAUUUUCUCGGAUUGAAUAUAUAUGGAGGGCAAAAUAAACUUUGAAGUGCUUUUAAAAAUAUAUUUCUAUUUUUAAAAUAUAUUUUCAAAAUUAUAAAAAAAAAUAAUAAUAUUUUUGAAAAACAUUUGAGCAAGUAAAAAUAUAUUUGACCCCUUUUUUGAACAUUUUAAAAUAUAUUUAUUUAAAAUAUAAUUUAAAAUUUUUUUUUUGUCAUGUGGGUGGUUAAUAAAAAUACAUCUGUUAAUUCAGAUAAAUUCAUACUAUUAUAAUAAUGCAUUAGUAACUGUUGAAAUUAAGAUUAAUAAAUUCUUUAGAAGUAUUUUCCAUUGUUAGAUGAAACAUUAUAAUUAUUAACCCUUUCUUCAUACACGUUCAAAAGAAGUGCUUGCGUCAUUUUUAAUCAAAAUGUAAAAAAACAAUUUCCUUUCUUUUUCAUUUCUGACUUUCCAUUCAAUUUUCAUAUUUUCACACGAGAUUACGGAAGUAAAAUGGGUUGUGAAUGUUUUUCAUGUCGACUUUAAGCGUGUUUGCGUCGCUUCAGACGUCCGUUCAUCCUCAGACUUGUUCCUGUCGCUUCCUUCAGGGAAAAUGUGCAGGAAUUGAAACAUCACUGAAUCUACAAACUGUAACAGUUUAGAUGAUUUUGGUAAUGUGAAGUGAACACAGUAUCCCAGUAUUUUGCUGAUUGUAGAGGAACAACCGAUCAUAUCUGUAUCACUGAAGCUGUUUCCAUUUAAUGUAACAUGAGAAAUAAAGAAACGUGAAACAA